AUGCUCCGUAUAUGGCUCAGCACGCCGGACGCUUUCGUCCUGCCGAACCGCUACGGCCUACGCUUCCACGCCGUCGCGCAAGUUGUGUGGGAAGGGCUUCCGCGCAGCGCCGACCGCAUCAGACACGACAUACAUCGUCUGAAGUAUGAGUUCUUCUCAUUUCUUGUCAUCGUGCUGGAGGGCGGCAUGCGCUCGACACCCUAUGCACGCUGGCCGUACCAUCUCAAGAGCAGAGUGCCCUGCUGGUGGCAGGUAUACGACGUGCACGUCAUGCGUACGCAGCUGCAUCACAGCGCUGGCACAGCCGCUGGCACCGGCGCCGGCGUCGGCACCAAUUUCAGCCAGGGCUCGCUCGGAUCGCCGUCGCUCGGAUCGCCGCCGCCGUACUCGCCGCCCGCCAACGACCGCGACGUCGCAUUCUUCAGCGACGCGGAGCGCGACGAGGACAGCGACGACUACUGA